CUGCACUAACAUGAGUUUACCAAAAAGUGAUGACAUGCCUUCACUAAAAGGAAACCUCACCACAGUCUUCCUCCCUCUCGUUUACAUCUUCGUCUUCAUUGUGGGGUUGCCCACCAACACCAUGGCCGUCUUUGUGUUCCUCUUCAAGACGAAGAAGAAGCAUCCAGCGUCCAUCCUAAUGGCCAAUCUAGCACUGGCUGACCUGCUCUUCAUCGUGUGGCUCCCACUGAAGAUCACCUACCACUUCAACGGCAAUGACUGGACCUUCGGGGAGCCACUGUGUAAAGUCCUAGUGGGGUUUUUCUAUGGGAAUAUGUACUGCUCCACUAUCUUCAUAGCAUGCAUCAGUGUGCUGCGCUACUGGGGGAUUGUCCACCCACUUUCUAGAAAAAAACCAAACAGCUGUUUAACAGUCUGUGUCUCUGUUUGUGUGUGGAUUGUAGUCUGGCUCAUCACCACACCACUCUACAUGUAUCAGCAGACUGUUAAAGUCAGCAAUCUGACAACCACCUGCCACGAUGUCAUUUACCGAAACCAGUUAGAUUUUCCCAUUGGAUAUUUCCUCACUAUGGGCAUUGUGGGGUAUGUAGUUCCCUGUGUGGUGUGCACAGUGGCAUAUUUGCUAAUAUUGAAGUCCCUCAAGAGCUCUUUUACGAAUGCCAUGAGCAACAAGCAGAAAAGGAAGGCUGUCAUCUUCAUGAUCACUGUGCUGGUGAUGUUUCUGGUGUGCUUCACUCCCAAUAACAUCACACUGAUGGUGCAUUUCUCUCUUUUGGCCAGAGGGAUUGAGAACAACACUCAUGGCUUGUACAUCAUCACACUGUGCCUGUCCAGUCUCAACAGCUGCCUGGACCCAUUUGUGUAUUAUUUUAUCUCAGAGGAGUUCAGAGAUCAUGUGAAGAACUCGCUGAUGUGUCACAGUACGCGUUCAGCUAAGAGGAUGAAGGUGGCCUUUCGACCAUUGAAGCUCUCCACAGAAUCUUCUACAGCUUCACCUUAG